CUUAUGUUCUUGUUUUCAGACAAAUCUACCUAUCUUCAAAUUGAAAGAAUCUACAGUCAGAAGAAGAUACAGUGACUUUGAAUGGUUAAGGAAUGAACUAGAAAGAGAAAGCAAGGUUGUGGUACCACCUCUACCAGGAAAAGCUCUUCUCCGUCAGCUCCCCUUCCGAGGAGAUGAUGGCAUAUUUGAUGAUUCCUUUAUAGAGGAAAGGAAGCAGGCUCUUGAACAAUUCAUAAACAAGGUUGCAGGCCACCCACUGGCACAGAACGAGCGCUGUCUUCACAUGUUCUUGCAAGAUGAAGUAAUAGACAAAAACUACACACCAUCCAAAAUAAGACAUACUUGAGUUCUGAAACCAUCUUUUCAAACAUUAGUGGUUCUUAUGCUUGGUUUUAAGAGGUUGUAGUUUGUCUUAGCAUGCUGAGGAUAAACAGGCACGAAGUCUCCACUAACAUCAGUACACUGCUUGGUCUUUGCAUAUGCUUUAUAGCAUUAAAGAACUCACUCAUCUUCUAGCUAAAUCCCUCUGAAUCCUUGAUUUAAAAGUAUUAUACUAUGAGACCAUCCAGCCCUUGCAAAGUCUCACAAACCUUUCCACUCUUAUUUGCAAUGACUUAACAAUGUUUACUGACUUGGCCUUACUUGAACUUGCACAGUUGUAGUGUCAUGUGUUCACUUGUAUUUGACUAAACUGCUAUGCUGUUUCUGAGGUAGUCAUCUGUCUGAACUUCUGUAGAAAGACAGCUUUAUUUCUGAUACCCUGUGUGAGAAACACUUAUGCAAUUGUCUUCAAGCUUGUAAAACACUUUAUACUGAAGUAAUGAGGGAAUUAUCUUUAUAUUCUGUAAGAGGAAAAAAUCAAAUUUAUAUACUAUAGUAACUUGUCUAAAGUUUUGAAAUAAAAGUGAAAAUGCACUUCAAAUGUUUUGUCACUCUUG